UCGUGUGUUUAGCCGGAGAUCCGCGUUCAACAUGUCUGGCCGAGGCAAGCAGGGAGGCAAGGCCCGCGCUAAGGCCAAGUCUCGCUCGUCUAGAGCGGGCUUACAGUUCCCAGUGGGCAGACUCCAUCGCCUGCUGCGCAAGGGCAGCUACGCGGAGCACGUGGGCGCCGGCGCGCCGGUGUACCUGGCCGCGGUGCUGGAGUACCUGACGGCCGAGAUCCUGGAGCUGGCGGGCAACGCGGCGCGCGACAACAAGAAGACGCGCAUCAUCCCGCGCCACCUGCAGCUGGCCAUCCGCAACGACGAGGAGCUCAACAAGCUGCUGGGCAAGGUGACGAUCGCGCAGGGCGGCGUCCUGCCCAACAUCCAGGCCGUGCUGCUGCCCAAGAAGACCGAGAGCCGCCACCACAAAGCCCAGAACAAAACCAGAAAACCAGUUGAGACCAAGUGAAACUAGAAGUAACACAAGGAUUAUGCUACAGCCUCAUUACCAUAGUAAAAAGUAUGCCCACCAGUGCCAGGACAGAUGCAGUCAAGGCCAAAUUUAGAAGAAAAACUUCUGCUUAUUUCUCUGAAAUCCUCCUGCUGCAAACCUUUUAGCUUCACUCCAUAAUGCUCCCCCAUAUAAGUCCCUGCUUCUCCACAUUUCAGGGGUGUGUUUUUUUAGACAAUAAUCCGCUAUCAUAACUCAUUCAUAGGGAUGUUCAGUAUGUGUUACAUGAGCCAUGACACUAAUGAAAACAGUAUUUUGUGACAAUUGUGUUUGUUUGUGUUGGUUUAAAAACAAUGCUCUUUACAAAGCUGUAAAAUUCUGCUUCAAAUAUAAGCAAGCCAUUUUUGUUCAAAUGUAUUUCAUUCUGCAAAUUAGGGGGACAUAAAGUUGGGGGAGAAA